AAUGUGAAGACAUUCAUUGAGCAUGAACUCAACAUAAUGUUCAUUAUUCAUUUUUAAGCCGGUCCAAAGCGCAUGCAAAGUGCAUAUAUUCGUUCAUUCGUUUUUUCGUUUUUGUCAAUUCAAGAACACUAAAAAUAAUAAUGGCGGACGCAGCUCCAGCCCGUGGCGGAAGAGGUGGAUUUGGUUCUCGUGGACGUGGUGGCAGUAGAGGUCGCGGCCGUGGUCGUGGUCGUGGAAGAGGCCGUGGAAAGGAAGAUCAAAAGGAAUGGGUUCCAGUAACCAAACUGGGUCGUCUCGUGCGUGAGGGACAUAUCAAAACUUUGGAAGAGAUCUACUUGUACUCUCUGCCAAUCAAGGAGUUCGAAAUCAUCGAUUUCUUCCUUGGAACCGUGCUCAAGGACGAAGUACUAAAAAUCAUGCCUGUCCAGAAACAAACGCGUGCCGGUCAACGUACACGUUUCAAGGCUUUCGUAGCUAUUGGCGACAGCAAUGGUCACAUCGGUUUGGGAGUCAAGUGUAGCAAGGAAGUUGCAACUGCUAUCCGCGGAGCCAUUAUUUUGGCGAAACUCUCAGUUGUACCAGUUCGACGAGGCUACUGGGGUAACAAGAUUGGCAAACCCCAUACAGUGCCAUGCAAGGUAACUGGAAAGUGCGGUUCAGUAUUGGUACGAUUGAUUCCAGCUCCUCGUGGUACUGGCAUCGUUUCAGCUCCAGUACCGAAAAAACUGCUCAUGAUGGCUGGUAUUGACGAUUGCUACACAUCUGCUCGUGGCUCCACCGGUACAUUGGGUAACUUCGCCAAGGCUACUUAUGCUGCCAUCGCGAAGACCUACGCUUACUUGACACCGGAUUUGUGGAAAGAAAUGCCACUUGGUAAAACACCAUACCAGCAAUAUGCAGAUUUCUUGGCCCAAAAUCACAAGCCAGGCGGUGGCAUUCGUCAUGUUGAAGCCUAAGCUGAAACAAUCCAUGUGAUAUAUUCUAAUUAUCGCAAAUAAAAAUGAAAGUUGAAGAUAA